AUGGACGAGGAUAACUGGUUGAAAAAAAUGGCACAGCAGCUUUCAACAGUGACCGUGGUUAUCAUAAUUACCGGCGGAGUUCUUACAUUUUUACUUUUGUUCAUUUUCGCUAAACGACAAAUUAUGAGAUUCACUCUGAGAUCACAUCGCGGACCUCAUACGCCUCUCGGAUACGACGCAAAUAAAACCUUGAGACGAGAAAUAUUGAGACGCAUUGAUGCAAUCCCAAAGGUGACGUAUGAACCGCAAAUGCUCCGUGAAGAUGUAGAGCUGAAAUAUUCACAAGACGAGAACGCCAAGAAACCUUGUCACUACUAUCGAAUGAAGGCGAUUGACGAGGCAAAGAGUUUAGAAUUGAGUAUGCAGAAGAAAAAGCUGGGUAAAAGACAUACGUUCGAAAGUUUAAGGUCCUACUUCAUUGUUAUUCUGACGCCACAAGUCGACCCUCGAGUUGUUCACCAGUUGUGCGAUCUCUACGAAGCUGCACGAUUCAACCCUAAACUAUUUGGAGAAGAAGAGUACCAAGCAUUCAAUAGUCUUUUGAAGCAGUUGCGAAAUGCAAUUCAGACCCUCCAGCCCAAAAGCAGCGUAAGAAGUCCUGCCAAAAGCUCCACGACGACAAAAGGUCAUUUCAAGGAAAUGAGCAACGUAGAGGAAAAUAAGCUCUCGGCCCCCUAUAUUCGACGCUUAUCAAGAAAAGAAAAGGAAAAAUGGGGUAAUGAUGAAGAAGCAACUGCACUUUGUCAUUCAAACAUGCACGAAGUUUCCAUUGUAGCAUCAAAUAAAGAUGUAUCCACUGCGGUAUAG